GUGGCUCCAACCCGGAUUAAGAGUAUAGUAACUAGCUGGAGAAGCUGGUGCUGCACUGUCAGUCAGAAUGCCUCCACAGUCAGGCACUGUUCUAGGAGGAAAGGAACCUUGCUUAGAUGCUCCACAGCUUUUCACCUGGGAGGAGAUAGGACUCCGCUCGGGCAAAGGGAACUCCAAGGAAGAGAGGUGGCUGGUCAUCAACCGGAAAGUCUACGAUGUCAGCAAGUUCUAUUGGCGGCACCCUGGAGGAAGGCGCGUCAUCAGCCACUAUUCCGGACAAGAUGCCACGGUGAGACCUUAUUGCAGGGCAGAGAGCAGUGGAGAAGGACCAUCACCCAGUGGCAGAGCACAUGUCUUGAAUCAGGAGUAGAGAAACUCCAGCCCAUAGACCUGCUAGGGGAUCCCAUUUGGUCCAUGAGGUCAUGGCAGUCUAACAUCACUGGCUUGCAUCAGCUGAUGGGGAUGGGGCUCGAUCCUACUGGGUGCAUCUUUGCCAGCAUGUUCCCUGCAAGAAACACACUGGCAAAGCAGACCCUUGUAGAGAGCAGGGUUGCACCCUCUGCUCAACAGCUGGAGAGGGGAGAGUUCAAUGCAGGGAAUGCAUUGGCAAAGCAGAUCCAUCCCUGCAGCCCUCUGAGAUCACCCACCUCUCAGACACCUGAUGUCAUCAGGUCAUCGGAAGAUUGAUAGAUGGGUGGUCCCACCCACCUGCUGAAGUUGGCAAGAAGGGUGGAGAGAGAUAAAUAUCUUUUUUUCCCCCUGUCAAAAAGGCACACCCACCCCUGCCUUACUUGGACCACAUCCCAGAUUUGACCCCUAGCAUCUCCAAGGAUCUCAGGUAGCAGACCUGGAAAAGACUUGUGCCUGACAUCCUGGAGGACACAGCACUGUAGGCAUUCAGGGCUAGAGGGACCAAGGUUCUUCAUAUGCUCAUGAAGUUUCCUUGGCAAUUUUCUGUUAUUGUAGGAAACAAGAGUUAGAAGUAGGGUCUGAAGGCACAGAAAAGCCCACCCCAUAAUAGCUUGCUGGAGGAGGAAGCUAAAUUCUGGCUGGCAUGGGUGACUAAAGCUAGUCUGCAGUUCCUUCUCAAGAUAAUUGGUUAUAAUUCUUUCUACAUAUCAUUGCCUGACUUCCAGGUGGUUUAAAGAAGCCCAGGUGUGUAAAGGAUUAAUAUGGACUCAAAAGCAGAGUUAUCAUACCUGUGAGAAACUAUGGCUGAGGAUGUCUCCUCAGCCAAAAUAUUUGAGUAAUGUUGGGGUAGGAAGCUAAGAGAACUGAUGUAGCAUUGCUGAUAUUUGUUGGGAUUGUAGUUUUCGCUCUUCUCGUUGAGUUUAACCCUGGUAAGUACACUUAGAAUUACAGCCACAAUUUUAUAUUUCACUACAGAAUGUCUUAGCUUUGCAGAUUAAAUUGGCAAAGUGUGAAAUAUACUAAUCUGUUGUACACCUGAAAUUAAAAUUUAGAAAACACCACCUGAGAUUAAGAAUAGUGUAAGUAAAGGAUGUUGUGUUUAGGAUUGUCUUGACUGAACAGUUAUGAGCUGGAUAUUGACCUUGGUGAUUUAAAGUUUUCUCAUUUUGCCUUGGGCACACUUUCUAGCACACUUCUUGCAUGUCAAAGUAAACUAAAGGUAUUUUAUUUUUACAUAUAUAUUUUCUGUUCCUAACCAAAUGAACAUUCUGGCACCCACAAAAACAGGUUUAUUCAAAUUACAUGUAACUGAAGUUGGUGUUAAUUGACAUGGUGCAAUCCUAGAGCCUGUGGCUCUCCAAAUGUUGCUGGGAUGUGACUCCUAUUCUCCCUGAUGACUGGUCAUGCUGGCUGAGACUGAUGAGAGUUAAAGUCCACCUAAAUCUGAAAAGCUGCUGAUUCCCUGAUGUCUACUCAGAAGUAAGCCUCACUGAUUUCAGAGGGACUCACUCCUGGGUAAAGGGUGUACAGCGUUGCAGCUUAAUUUGCAUAAAACCUGGUGCAAUUUUUGUCUGAUAAUUCUCAUCUGCCUUGUGAGGAAAUUCCCAUGACAAAGAAAUAGAGAUGGAGAAAUACCACAGUGCACAAAGAGAGAAAAGAAGGCGCUGCAAUGCAGUGUUCCAGUUGAAGGGUGGGGUUCUUUGAGAAAUUCACAUGCCUCUGACCUCCCCCCACCCCACCCCCAUUUUAGUCCAAUCAUGCCCCCCCAUAGUCUUUUAAAUGCAGCAACUAAAGGGGCUCUGACCCAGCAUGUAAUUUGAGCAUCACCUCAUGGGAAAAGUCUAGACUUCUGACAUGGGUUGCCAUACAUCUGGAUUUUCCCAGACGUUUAAGCAAUUUACAGAAAGGGUUUAACUAAUAAUGCAGGUGCACAGCCACCCUCACAGGGACCCAGAAAGUUGUGGUGGAGUUAUACUGCCUAAAGGCGUCUUCUUUGAAGCGAGCAGCCAAACCAACUUUCCCCCUACUAAGUCCCUGGUCACCUGUUUAAUACCCACAGGGUAAUACGAACAGGAAUGAAACAUUGGCUAAGAGUCAGUUGCAUUCAGCUGCAUUCUCACAUGCCUAUCGCUGCUUCAGAUCUCAGAAGUAGUUGCAGCAGGUGCCAGUGAGUUAUUCAAUGCCAAGAAGAUUGAGGCAGGCAGCCCAACUCAAGUUAUAGAUUUAAGGACUACUAUUAAAAGGCUGGAACGUGUCAAUUAUUUAGUUUGCCGUAAUAUUUCUACCAACAUUAGGGUGUGUGGGCAGGAGAAGGUGUCAAUCGGUUUCUCUACCUCAGGCAGAAAACAUGCACUCGAUUCCUUCUGGGUGGGGGGGAGGAGGAAUAUAUCAGUUCUCUCGGUUCUCUUGCUCUUCCAAUCUUCCAGUCGAUUCUCCACAUUUCUGCAGGAAUUUACAAUUAUUCUAUUUAAAAUUAUUUACAAUUAUUCUUUUAAAAAUCCUCAUAAAAUUCUUCAGUGGUUUUGACCAGUGCCAUUUUUCUAGAAAAAGGUGCUGGAACUCACCAUGAGUUCCAGUGAAUUCUGGCAGAGAAAAAUCCCUGGCAUUGACUAAUGUGCACAUGUUGUGAUGCAUUUGUGUAUUAUUAUUAUUAUUAUUAUUAUUAUUAUUAUUAUUAUUAUACCCCACCCAUCUGACUGGGUUUCUCCAGGCUCUCUGGGUCGCUUACAGCACAUAUAAAAACAUAGUAAAACGUCAUUUUACUAUUCAUGCUAUUUUCAUGAACAUAUUUAUUUGUAUGCACACCUUAACCCAAUAUAUGUAAAUGUUGUUUGCUUAAAGAAUGGCAUCGCAAUAUUCAGAUAGGUGUGAAUUUCAAAGGACGGCUGCAUUUUGUUUAUCGUAUUAUUUUGGAAACUGUGAAUUUAUAGGUUUGAAUUUAAAUGCGAGCUGAAUUUAACCCAGUCAGAUGAGUGGGGUACACAAAAUAAAUAAUUACUAUUAUUACAUAUUGACUUCCUCCCCCAUCCUUGCUUCUGGGCUUACAACAUGGACACGUGGCUGAUGCCCACAAGUUAGAAUAUCCCUCAGUACGACAUGUGCUCACCAUGCCCAUGAAAUCUCCUCAUCUGAUAUGCCUUCACACCAUGUUUGUACCUCCUACUGGAAUGGACUGGCUUAGGCCACAAGGGCCGUUUAAAGAUUCCUGGGACUCUUUGUUCUUACAUGAUUGUCUUUCAGUGUCACAAACCACAGAUGCUCUUGGAUUCAGAUGCCAGCGAAAUAAUUAAGGCUCCACCUACCAUUAGGCAAGUGGGGCAGCGUGCCUCAGGUAGUAGGAUGGAGGGUACUUUUAAAAGCCUAUAAAUUACCAUUUAUAUUAAGAUUGCUGUAAUAUGUUUAUCAGCACUGGGUGGGUGAAGGAGGAGAUGUCAUUGGGCUUUCUACCUCAGGCAGAGAAAUGUCCUGGGCCAUAUCCAGGCUGACAGACUUUAUCGCUUCUGAGAACAUGAACAAGAGGCUGAUACACAAUUAUGACAUCUGGUCAUGCUAGAAGUUUCUUAGUCUGAUACGUCUUAAGCUGGAAUGAAUUGACUUAUGGGCCCCUCCAGACUGUUUUGUUGUUGUUUGUGGGUAUAUUCUUCAACAUGUCCUUGAUGCAAUAAUAGUGCAUUAGUAGUGAAUUUACACUGGACUGUCCACACGCCAUGCCACUUGGUUAGUUGUUCUCCAGUGCUUCACCCGUGUUACUGUAUUACUGCCAUCUGGAGGGAUGUGCUUACCCUAUAGUGCACCACCAAAAGAGGGACAAAAGAAUAAACCCAGAACAUCAGUAGCAUAAAAAGUUCCAGGAUUACAGCAGGUGGUUAUAGGGUGUGUGUUGAUUGGAAAUGAAACAGAAUAUCUGCCCCCAAAACAUUUGCAGGCACAAACAGUACUGAAAGCAGGAUUGUGUAAAAGUGCCCCAAUAUCAUCAUGAAUACAAAUCAUCACGAAGUGACAUCUGGAGGAGUUGUCAGGCUGGAAUGUACUGUUUUAAUGGCACAACGUAACAUAGGAGAAGGUAUUCCUGGCAUCACUUUUGAGUGCAAGCAGCUAUAAUGUAAUCACGGCACCAUCUGAUGUGCCAUGUAAGCACAACACUGGAAAAGUUUUCUGACUGGUGAUGUGUGCUGUGUUGGGUUGUUUGAAUAUUACUUCUAAACAUAUUUAUAUACCACUAUGUGAUUUUUUUAAAAAAAUCAAAGCAGUUUCCAGCAACAAAAAAUGAAACCACACAGUAAAAACCAUAAAAAGUUAAACAUCCAUCAACCAUUGCGAAAGGAUUUGUUUUGAAUUGCCCGCAUAGACCUGGCAGAAUAGAAAAGGUUUGAGCAAGUUUUUAAAAGUUGGCACAGAAUACACAUUGCUGUAUCUAUUGGCAGAGUACUCCACAAGAAUGGGCCAAUGGAAGCAGGAAGCAUGUGUGGUAGGAGAACCCAUGUUUACAUCACUGCUGCUGUACUUUGUCACCCCAAAUCAGAAAUCGAAAAUCAGAAAUCAGAAAUCUCUCCUUGUAUACUUCAGUUCUCUUCCAUAGUUUCCUGUUACAUCUGAAUGAGCAAACUUUGGUUGCAAAUUGUUGCUCCAGAGGACUACCGCAAACCAUUGUUCAUGGUUUGGAUUCUAUGGCAAACUAUAGUUUGCCCAAACCAAAAAUCAAGGAGGCCCAUGGAAAAUUAAAAAAAGGAAAGUGUGCUUUCCUGAAGAUCAGACCAAAUGACAUCAUAAUGGGUGAUCAUUACUAUCAGUCUUGGACCUCUAGUUUCUGUUAACUCAUUUAACAGGAACUGUAUACCAGUCUUGAUUUGUGAAUCACUGGCUUCACAAGUACUUACAGCAAAACGUGAAACUUACUUAUCAGAAAUAAAAUAUAGUUGUUCAUUUGUUGUUGUUGUUGUUGUUGCUGCUGCUGCUGUUGCUGCUGUUGUUGUAUAUGUAUUUAUACCCCACCUUUCCUUGAGGGAACUCAAGGCAACUUAAAGAAAAAAAUAAGAACCACUAAAAGCAUAGAAAAAACAAUAAUUAAAAAACCAUAAACAUUGAUAAAAUUAAAACUAUAUACAUAUAUAAAAUCUAUUAAAACCAUACCAAUAAUUACAAUAUAAAUAGCACAGCACCAGCCCUUUCAUUAAAAGCAUCUCAUUUCAUCAUAGGAUUCAGUGAAGAAUAUCCUGCUAGAUAGUCCUUUCUAGAAUGCCCAAAAAUAAAAAUAAAAAUGGAAUGAUCAACCCAGAAUGAGCUUAGUGCUCACUUACUGUCAAAAAGUUCUUGGUCAGAAUAUCAAAAAGUUCUUGUUUGGUCAGAAUAUCUUUCCUUGUAACUUUAACCCAUUGGUUCAGGUCCUACCCUCUGGAGCUGGAGAAAACAAGCUUGCUCCAUCCUCCAUGGGACAACCCUUUAGUUAUCUGAAGAUGGCAAUCAUAUCUCCUCUCAGUGUGCUCUUUUCCAGGCUAAACAUACCCAGCUCCUUCAACCUUGCCUCAUAAGACCCUUGAUCAUCUUGGUUACCCUCCUCUGCUCACAUUCCAGCUUGUCAAUAUCAUCCUCAAAUUUUGGUGCCCAGAACUAGACACAGUACUCCAGGUGGGGUCUCACCAAGGCAAAACAGAACAGUACUGUUACUUCCCUUGAUUUGGACCCUAUAGUUCUGUUCCUACAGCUUAGAAUAGCAUCAGCUCUUUCUUCUUCUUCUUUUUGCUGCAUCACUUUGUUGACUCAUGUUAAGUUUGUGGUGUACUAAGAGCCCUACAUCCUUUUACAUUAUUGUUUGUUUCUGUGUGUGUGUGUUUAGGAUGCCUUCACCGCUUUCCACAAGGAUGAGGACCUAGUAAAGAAAUACCUGAGCUCACUGCUAAUUGGGGAGCUGGCACCUGAUCAACCAAGCUCUGAACCCACCAAAAAAGUAAGUUUUCCAUGUGGUGUGCAUGGCAAAAGCCACUGGACUAAAAUGCUUUACAUGUUCUAAUUGAGCAAAAGCACACUGUAGAUACCAAAGAACUUAGCUGCAGGAUUUCCCUUUGGUGGCUUAGGCCCCAUGGAUCCCUAAGGGUACACUUUUCAUGAUGCUUUAGAACCUCAAUAUUGCUCCUCACCCCCUGUCCUCAUGGUAGAGACAUGAAGGAGAAUGGCUUUGCACACAGCCACCGUGGAAGAGACAACCAUAAACUUGUGCAGUUGGGUAGGUGGUGGUGGGAUCUGGUUGGAUAUUUAAAUCUCUCUGCCUUGAUCCUUCACUAAGCGCCGGCCCCAUUCUUCACUGGUCACCAGUAAAGUUGUGUUUAUGGCCCUGUCCAUAAACCUCAAUGAGUUGAAGGGUGAAGUCUAAAAUGGGGAGAUUUCCCAGACAAUUUAGAACCCUGCAAAAUUGAGGGUCUAGAUCAUGUGAGGAGCAAAGGCAUUCCCCACUUUGGAUUUCAUCCUCAUGGAAAGAGAUGAGGAUAGCAAAACAGAGUUGGAGCCUAGUGAGCUUGCCCUGCUUCCUUGUAGGAUUUACAUUGAACUAGCAUGCCAAGUGGCUCUAAUGGUCAAGAAGGCAGAGAAGGGAAAUUCUGGCCCUAAACCUCUGCUGCCUUGCGGGAUAUAUUUGUUAGAAGGAAAGGCUAAGGAGUAAAUUCUAAACAGAUCCAGAAUGGAGUCCCUAAGAUAGUUGGAUGGUGUCUUAGAUGCCUCAUUCUGGCAACUCCAGCAAUCAAGCUGGUGCCAAGUGUGUUGUUCUGCUUUCCUUUGGACCGCAUCAGUGAGGCUGAGAAGUCAGGGUCUUGACAUCUGGGCAUUCCAUUGUCUUUCGAGAUAGACAGAUUCCAACAACAGCACAGGAGGCAUCUGGGUACAAAAACCUCAACUCUUACAGAAAACCCACUCAUUACACUCUUUGAAGUUACUGUGGAGAGACAGAGCAGAGAGUGGUUUUCCACUGCCUCUGGUUAGACAAUGCCCUGAAAUCAUCAUGCCCCUCUUAUCUUAGAGUCCUGUCUCAUCCCGCCCCCUGUUGAAGGAGAGCUGACCAGCUGGCUUGGCCUCUCUGUUACCAUCAUGAUCUGUCUAGAGAAAGCGUAGUAAUGCUACAGUUUGAAUCAGAUGCAUGUACUUUAUGAAGGGGGAACUUAACCAUGGUCAUUUCUCACAGGAUAUGCUGAUACAAGAUUUUCGUGAGCUGCAUAGCACAGUGAAGAGAUCUGGACUCCUGAAGGCCAGUUAUCCCUUCUUUGCCUUCAUGUUCCUGCAUGCUUUCCUGAUAGACAUUGCAUCCUGGCUCGUCAUCUGGUACUUUGGAAAAACCUGGGCCCCUUUCCUCAUUGGUGUAGCAUUGUUCACCAUUGCACAGGUAAAUGUGUCUGCAUUACUGGAUGCAGCAGGAUUCAGUCUGGACUAUUCUGGACCGGUUACCUUAGUGCUUUGUCAUAUCCUCACCCCCCUAAGCAUUUGGCAUAGCUUGUGGAAUUUCAGGCAUAUCAUGGUGAUUAGCUAAAUACUGCCUACCGUGACUUUCACAUCCCUACUAAAUGAGUUAUCAGGCAUCAAACCUGGGAACCUGAACACACAAAUUUAAUGUUACCAGCUGAAAAUUGGUCUAGUUUGUCAAAGUGGGAGUUCAAGGUACCACUUAAAACUACAGCUAAACUUGCACUUUUAAAAGCGUGCUCUGCUCAGCAACAGGCAAAAGCUACUUAUUUUUUAUUAAAAGUUUUAAAAUAAGAAAAUUUCCCAAAGGAGUUAAUUUGCAGUCAUCUUAUUGCCCAUUGUCCAGUCAAUCAACAUUCACUGUUCCAGACUACUACUCCCUUUUUCAAAGCCCUACUUUCAUGAAUUUCAGCCAUACACCUGACCUUACUGACUGCAACAGCAGCUGGGAGGAACUAGCCAGGCAUAUAAAUUUAGAGUGGGGUUUCCCAAACUUGGGUCUCCAGCAAACUUGGGUCUCCAGCUGUUUAUGGAUUUACAACUCCCAUCACCCCUAGCUAGCAAGACCAGUGUUCAGCGCUGAUGGGAACUGUAGUCCCAAAAAACAGCUGGAGACCCAAGUCUGGGAAACACUGAUUUAGAGCAACUUAGCAAAAGGAGCUAGCUCCACAAGCUGCAAGGAGCACCAGCGGACAAGUGUCAAAGCAAGUUAAACAGCCAGGCAAGUUCGGCAACAGGGCCUGGAAGCCAGGACGCACUAUGCUGCCUGACAUUUCCUUGAUCUAAAGAAAACCUGUCCUGAGAGAACUUCUCCAGAGCUGGAGUGAUCCUAGUAGUGGGCAAUUUGACAACUGGGUGUGUGAUCGGUGUGUAGGCCGUAGGAUUUAUUGCUUGUCUGAUGUGAAGGUUGUGGAUAUCACCUGUCACCUAGAUAGCAUAGCAUAGUAGACAGUAGUAGUAGAUAGUGAUGCAGAGGUUGCGGUGCACAUUGGCACAAAUGGCAUGGGGAAAUGUAGUUGUGAGGUCCCAGAAGCAAAAUUAGGGUUGUUUGGUAGCACUCUGAAUGCCAGCAGCUCCAAGGUAGUUUUCUCUGCAAUGCUGCUGGUUCCGUGCAAAAGGCCAGCUAGACAGGCACAGCUUUGUAGUCAAAAUGCAUGUGGUCUCAAUGUGUGUAAACAAGUAUGAAGUGAUGCAUGUCAAGGCAAAAAUAAAAUAAAAUUCUUAAUUUCACAUGCAUGUUCAUGAGGUCUGAACUGGUGGAACUGACUGUCUAGGAAGGAGACCUUGGAGUCACAGUAGAUUGAUAAAGAUGUCAAUCCAGCAUUUUCUUCUUCAUUUUGAGGCAAAAAAAGUCAGUUGUUAACAGAGAAAUAGCAAAAAGUUGCUUCAUUGGAAAGAUAUGCUGGCACCCUUUGAUGUUAUGGUAGUGCUGUGUGAGUUGCUUUUCUAGGAAUUCACACACACACACACACACACACACACACACACACACAGCUGUUGACCUUGAAAGGCCAGUGGCCAUUUGGUAGAGCCAUUUGCAAUGGAAUGGGUCCUUAUCAUAAAUAUUAUGCCUGGCUAGUAUGGGAGGUGAUGAUUUCAAGGUGAAGAUCUGUGUGACUGGCCUUGUUUACAUAGUUGUGGGCCUUUAAAAGUUACACCACCCUGUGGGAUGAAUCCAUUGACUGUGGCUUCCACAAUGCUACUGUAAUACUUAAAAUCUUCCAUUUCAUUGUUCUGUUGUGUCUGAACUUUUAUAAGCAAUAUUCAUGAGGCAAGCCUUUUUAUUAUGCCACCGUGGGAAGUGAGGCUAUAUACCCAUGCAGGAAGGCCUGGUGCCCUUUUCUAUAGUACUAACUUCAUGGGAACCAGUUCUCCUGAUGAAAGUGCCCAGGCUUCCUGCCAAUUUCCGUUGCAAAUGUGUGGGGAACUAAACAGGGGCAGAGUGCGUAGGAUAGCUGCUGUUGCUUUUCCCAAGUCUUAGUGAAAGAGUGAGCCAUUUGUUCCUACUAACCCAUCUGUGGAAAAUAGCCUAUCAACAUGUAUUGAUAUUGCUUUUUUGCUUUCCAGAUCCAGUAUGGCUUUCUUCAGCAUGAUCUUGGGCAUGUUUCCGUCUUUCAGAAGCCCAAGUGGAAUAGACUGGCUCACCACAUUGUGGCAGGAAUACUUAAAGUAAGAGCCCAGUAUCGAGAGUGGGGUUUCUCCUGCUUAGAACUCAUAGAAGCUAAACAGGAAUAGAAUCAAACUUCCUGAUAAAUUCUAGUUCAAUAACUUCACUCUUGAUACUCUCGUCGAAUACUUUGUUAAAUGACUGUGACUCUCAGGUCAACAUCAGAGUAUAGCUGUCAACGUUUCCCUUUUUUUAAGAGAAAUUCCCUUAUUCCAAAAAGGAUUCCUUGCAAGAAAAGGGAAAAGUUGACAGCUAUGCAUCUGAGUGCCCUAGGAGGCCGAAGUUGUCAUUCUCUGUUUUCUCAUCGUUGUCAUUUUGGACAAUUUUUUUUUCCCCAAUCUGUGUGUCAGGAAUAAGCACAUAACGUAGUUGCUCCAACACCACCAACAUGAAUAAUGAAAAAUUGGUGGAAUUUUCUUUUUAUUCUGUUUGCAGGGAGGGCCCCCCAGCUGGUGGAACCAUAUGCAUAACCAGCAUCAUGCCAAACCCAACUGCUUCCGCAAGGACCCAGAUCUCAACAUGCAUCCACUCCUGUUCAGCCUGGGGAAGCCGCUCUCUGAGGAGGUGAGUAGACAGGGGAAUGCACACCAUGAAUAACAGGCGCAGUAGGUUAAAGCCAUGGUUUGGUUUCGCCUUACGUGCAAACAUGGCCAUGGAAGCCGAUUUCAUGUUGCAAACAUAUAUCGUAGGCUUCUUUCCUGAAUCAAAUUCUCUAAGAAAAAUCUGUGCAGUGACAAAAGGUCAGCAAAGUUGUUACCUAUGUUUAAACGCAUUACUUCUGCUCUCCAUUCGCAGCUUGGGAAGAAGAAGAAGAAAUACAUGCCUUACCAGCACCAGCACAAAUACUUCAUCCGUGAGUCUCUCUCAGUUGUUUGCUACCAUCAGCAAGGCUGUGUCUCUUUGGGGAUUAGGACCGAAGCUUGUUAGAUCAGAGGCUGGAGGUUCUGAAAAAAAAUAUGCUAUAGGCAAAUGAAUAGAUAGAAGAAAUGUUAUCUUUACUAGUGUUACACAAACCCCAAUCUCUGAGCAGUGAGAGACUUCAGACUCCCAGCUUAGGGUUUGUUUCUGCAGAAUGAAGAUCCCUGGAGAUGAGUAGCAUUUCCCCACACAUUUAUACAGGCUGAGCAUAAGAAAGAAAUUUAACAGCAUCAAAACUCCAGCAGUAGAUUAGAAGGGGGGACACCAAUUCCACAAAGCAAGGCGAGCUGCUCCAUCUCUUUUCAGCUUCAGUUUCAAAACUCUUGAGGUUUUUGUUUUGGUUCUCUUUCUCAGAUACACACUUUCCUGACUUCACCUCCAGCCAGGGCAGGAGGGAUGAAAGUCAAAUACCCUUGAGCUCCUAUGGCAACAAAUCACUGGCACUAGGCCAGCUCUUUAAUUAUGCCAAGCUUGACCAUUUUCAUUAAAAAAAAAAAAAUUGUCCAUUUCUACAAAUGCAAAUCAAACAGCUCCAGAGUCACAGGGCUGCAAGGGAUCUUGAACGGACACCCCCUCCAACUUAAAUUUAGCUCAGUAUGAUUGCUCCAGAAAUACCUGGGAGAUGAAAAAUACCCAGAAAUACUUACGGGCUUGGAAAGCUUGGUUAUUACAACUGAAGGAAAAUACUCCUCUUUGUUUUAUGUUUGCUUUCCUUUUUCUCCAUAGUCUUAGCCCCGAUGACUUUCGUUGUAUUUGUGCAGCUGAUUAUAAUACGCUUCGCAAUUCAGAGGAAAAAAUGGAUGGUGAGUCAUCUGUGAACUUGUAACUGCACUGUUUCCCCUAUGGAUAAUAACGUAAUGGUGGAAUGCAGAUGUGUCCUGUGUCCGCACUGCCUGCAGCUAGCCACCAGAGUUGCAUUACAGAAAUCAUUAUUUUAUUCCUGUGUCACAUGAAGGAUGAGUUUACUUUAGUGAAUAAGCAGAGUAAACAAAUCCACUUGGCCUGUGUAUGUUGGAGCCAAUGCCAGUUUGGGGAGGGCGGAAUAGAUCUACAGUAAUCAAGAAGACCAAUGUCCAUGAGAUUUUCAUUUGUUCAUUCCUUUGAUUUGUUAUUUGUACGGCCUUUCAUAAUAUCUACUCCGGUGCAGAAACAUGUGUCCCAUCUGCACUGAUCCCCUUCCAUACCAUGGAGGGAGUUCUUCUUAACAUGAUGCAGUUCCCAGGGUGUUUCCAUACAUGCAAACAUUGCUCUGAGUCACUUGGCAUCAUGGCCUUUGAAGCCAUCGUAAUUGCACCAUACGGUUUUCAAUCUUUUUUAUUGCCUUAACCCAGUUUUCUUUGGCAGGAGUUUUCUUUCAUUGUGUUCUACAACAUCCGCGUUUGUCUCAUGUUUGUUCCUUUAAUGGGAUUUAAGACCUUCAUGGCAUUCUACUGGCUGGCCAGGUAAAUAAUCUGUAUGCAAAACGCUCAUGGAUGGGGUGGGCGGGGGCAUCUGUGCAUGUACAAAGUGCUUCCUUUGCAUCUCAAAUUCUCCCACCAGCGUGAACAGAUCCGUCAUGCAGAUGAUCUCCCCUGGCCUGGCCUAGCGAAGCAGUCCAAGAAAGUGUCCGUCAGUCCCAAGAGAGACUAUUCCUCUGCCCCCUACUCUGCAUUCAGAUAGUGGAAAUAUAGAAAUGGGUGGAAUUUAGCACCAUGCGAUUACAGACAUUUUGUCUGCACAAAGUACAUCACCUUGUGAGAUGGAACAAUCCCCCUCCCCUCCCCCCACAUGCUGCUCUGGGCCUACCUCUGAUUCCCCCCCCCCCCAGCUAAUGUUGGGGGGGCAUAAGUGCUGCUGUGCAAGCAGAAGUCCUUGCACAAAUUUGUUACAUUUGUUAAGAGAUCUCACCCUAUAUGUUUCCAGCAUUAUAUUUAUCACCUGGUAUGUGUGGGGUUUUUUUUUAAAAAAUUGAAACUUCAGUAUCCAUGCAAUGUUCUUAUGUGGCAAAAAGGCUCAUUCACUGACAUAAGAGGCUGCCUAACUAUUAAUAGACUCCUCUGGAGUUAGCAGUGCCAAUUCGAUGAAAUACAAACAAUAGCAGACAUCUCCAAGGCAAAGAUCCCAUAGUUUCCCAGGUCUUCCAGGCUGUUUGUGAGGCCUUGGUAAAACUACAAAUCCCAGAGAUAUCUGCACUGGAAAAUUCCCAUAAGUAAGUCUGCUGGGCCUAAGGAAGGCCCAUGGAGCAUUUGCUCCUCUUAUUCCCUUACUCUCAUCACUCCUACAGGAGCAGAAAGGGAAUAGGGCCUUGUAAGCGGAAGGAGGGUGUAGAAAAAACUUGCUUUGAAAGAAUUAGCCCUUUUCAUUCUGUAUGAGGUGGUAUUGGCCAAUCUCUGACAGAAUGGUGAUUGUUGUUGUUGUUGUUGUUGUGUUGAUCUACCCAGGUUCCUAGAAAGCACAUGGUUUCUCUGGGUCUCACAGAUGAACCACAUUCCCAUGAAUAUCGAUUAUGAUAAGAAUUUGGACUGGGUGUCUGCUCAGGUGAGUUAAUAUGUACUUCUUCCUCCCAGAGACAAUGACUUUCUUUCAUCUGAUAGGUUUGGCCAUCCAUUUGCGCUUUCAAGUGCAUGGCCUCCUUAGAAAGGGCAAGGUUACAUUUCCGUCGAAGAGAGAGUUGUUCAAAUGGCCCAGUUGCCAUGGUCACAUUUUGGUGGGGUUGGUUCUGGAGGCAGCUGUUCCCCUUUGCCGGGCCGUUUAACGGUCUGUCUCCUUUCUCGUUCUCACUUAGCUCGCAGCGACGUGUGAUGUGGAUCAAUCCCUGUUCAAUGACUGGUACACGGGGCACCUGAACUUCCAGAUUGAGCAUCAGUGAGUAUGUGACAUAUGGAAGAGAGACGCUGGCACAGUGUGAAUGUGUCUGGAAAAGGCCUUCAUGUAAAUGACAGCCCAUACUCAUAUUGGGUGGGAAAGGGUUAGGGAACUUCAACAGAGGUGGGAUGGCUUUGGCUAACUGAAGGCUCUGCCACUGGUUUAUUGUUUAUAUUUCCACCCCACUUUUCAUCCAAGGAGCUCAAGGUGGUGAGGUAGGUUAGGCUGAGAGCCUGAGACUGACUCAAGUCACCUCCCCCAGUGAGGUGCAUGGCUGAGUGGGGAUUUGAACCCUGGUAUCCCAAGUCUUAGUGCGGCAUUUUAACUUCUACACCACACUGGUUCCCCAUGUGAAACCAUUUUCUUGCUCUCUUUCCACAGCCUUUUCCCAACAAUGCCUCGCCACAAUUAUUGGAAGGUCGCACCUCUGGUGAAAUCCCUCUGUGCUAAGCAUGGCAUAAAGUACCAAUGCAAGCCCCUGCUCACGGCUUUUGCAGAUAUAUUGCAGUAAGUUCAAUUAAUGGCUUUUCCCCACCUGCCUUGUACCCCCCCCCCAUCCUCCAGCUCUAGCAGCCUUUUCGAAACCCUGACUUUAGGAACAACAGAACCAGCUGGGAAGAGAGAAGUUGUGUAAAUUGCUUUUAAGUUGUGUAAAUUGAUUCUCAAUAUGUAUUGUGUUGUUAUACGUGCUACGGUCUGCUGUUAUUUUUAUUGAUUAUAGUUUAAAUACCGUAUUUUUCCCUGUGUAAGACUAGGUUUUUUUUACUAAAAAAUUAGGCUUAAAAUUGGGGCUCGUCUUAUACACGGGUAGUGCUGAGGGACGUUUUCUUAAUUUGGAAUUCCCAAAAAUAGGGGGCGUCUUAUACAUGGGUACAUAAGGAAUAUAUAUUUCUUAUAGACGGAAAACUAUGGUAUUGUUUAUUGUAAUUGCUGAGAGUGAAUUUCUGUUCAAUAAUUAUUUGCUGAUAUUUAAUUUUAUUGUGUGCUAUUAUAUUCUAAUGGAAUAUUGAAUAUCACUUUAUUUGGCUUAAGUUGCUUAUGCUUUAUGUUUUUAUUAUGACAUUUUUGUAUUGGAUCAGAUUGUGUUAUAAGGUGUGCAGUCUUUGUUGCUUCUUCGCACCCCCUUUUGUUUCUCUACACUGCCUUGUGUAUAGAAUCAUAGAAUUGUAGGGUUGGAAGGCACCCCAAGGCCAUCUAGUCCAACCCCCUGCAAUGCAGGAAUCUCAGCUAAUCUCAGCUACGGUAAUACAGGGAGGUGGUGUGCACAUUAAAAGUGAAAUUAACAGCGCAAGGAAGAAAGACAAGCACUAAGCUGAAACUAAGCUGAGGAUUACUGACAGCCCUUUUCUCUUUUCCUCUGCAGCACGCUGAAGGAGUCUGGGGAACACUGGCUGGAUGCUUAUAUCCACGCCUAAGGAGUGAGAGGACUUUGGGGACGAAUCGCCUCGGGAUGAACUGUGAUCUCCUGUUUUUCCUCUUCCCUGGCGCACACACCUUAAGCUGCUGAUCUCCGAAGCUUUAGGAAUUUGAGGUGGGGCUGCAGCUGAACUUGAGUGAGAGAGAGAGAAGGGUGGCUUCUCUGCUGUCUUGCCCCUUUCUGUUUGUAGGGGAAUGAAAAAUGAAAAAGAGCCUUCGUUCUACUUUGAGACCUUAUGAAGAGAUAGGGAAAGGGAAACGGUGCUUUGCUUCCUCUGUAUUUCCACCUGCAACAACAAUUUCAAAGGUAUAUUAGGACAAGCAGCCUCCCAACCAUUCUGAGUCCUUACACCCUGAUCCUUUCCUUUAGUAGACUUUGCACAGUCCUUUAAAUGUCUCAGGCUCCUGCCAGAUUUGAACAUCCAGAUUGAAUCUUCUUCGUUCCACUGAAUGAACUCCACAGAUUGCUCAAACAAAAGCAUGGUUUGCAUUUACUGAGUUGACCUAGAGCCAGCCCAACUUUCAGGCAGAGUGAGGCAGUAGCACCAGGUAAAGGUAAAGGGACCCCCUAACUGUUAGGUCCAGUCGCAAACGACUCUGGGGUUGCGGCGCUCAUCUCGCCUGGUUGGCUUUCCAGCUCUGAGGCCAAUCUCUUCUUUCCCCUGCCCUCCCUUUCUAGUUUUUCCUCCUCAAUGGAGAAAUCCAGGAUUGUGCCAUAGCUUUUGUUGAUCUGGAGCAGCACCCUGCUCCUUUGAAACAAAGACACGAAGCACUAAAGACAGCUGCUGUUUUGGGGAGACAGUGUAAACCCAGAGGUUUUGCCUCCAAAUAAUGGGACAAAUUAUACAAUGACACAACUCAUGGCACAAAUCAAACGCUUUCUUAUUUUGGGGGUGGCCACAUUUAGCUUCCAAACUGAUAAGCACUCAGUCAUUCAAGUUUCAUAAUAAAGGGAACAAUGAUUAAGCAAGAUCCAAUUUUCUGUGGUUAUCAGAAAUCUUUUCAUUAAGUCCUAAGCAGGCUUCUUGAGCAAGCAAAGCCAUUUUCCAUUUCUCCCAAACUAAAGUUAUUGCUUCUCAUGAUAAUAUAGUUCAGCUUAGCAUAUGAAGUUGUCUGUUCAUGAAGAUAAUUGGAUGAGACCCUAUUCUGGGUGGACUUGCCUUCAGAGGUUAGAUGGUGGCAACAACCAGACAGAGGCAGGCCUUCUCCAUGAGGCAACCCUGAUUAAAACUCCCUCCUAUACUCUUAUUUAAAACAAAAAAUUCUUUCAGGUGCAAAAAAUUUUUAAAAAGUAUACUUUUGGCAACCAAUGACACCAUCUCUGUUGCUCUUUUAAUGUCGCUGCU